AUGCGCAGUUCACCUCUGGGUUCCCACUUUUUCUUUGCCAGCUUCAUCAUUUCGAGCACCAUUGGCACUAAGCUUCUUGGAGUGGAGGACACAAAUACAGGAUACCAUUUCUAUGACGUGAACAUUCAAGAAAACAUUCUUCGAGGAUACCUCUAUCGUCGAGGUAAGGUGGUUGGGCGGUUGGCGAAUUCGGAUAGCAAAAUUGUCAAAGAAGAAUUGGAAUACCUGAAUCGGACAAUGUUGGUUCAGCGUGCCAUCGCAGGGAUGUCCAUUUUCAAUUGUGGGGAUUUAUGA